AUGGGACUUUAUAGCCGACGAUCCCUUAUCUUGGGAUAUACGUCCCUUGUUCUGCUAUCCGCCUCUGCCAAUGCGGCCAUCCUGCCGUACAUCACCAGAGAAGCGGAAUACAACACCGAAUGCAAGACAUGCCCAAGGGUACUCUGCCCAAAUCAGCUGUAUUAUGGAACUGGAGAUACUUUCAAUGCUACUUGUUGGACUAGGGGAACACGAAUCAUCGAUGGAAAUAUUUGGUUGAAGAGCGAAGCAGGAUGUUAUGUGACACAAUACGACGUGACAGAAUGGGAAGGCGACUACACGAGUGAUUUGGCGUAUUGUGGGAAGGCGUCGGAGGAGCGCCAUAUAACUGAGGAGGAUGCAACACUGAAGUACAAGACGGAAUGCAGGAUCUGCCCUGACCUCACUUGCGACAACGUCGCCUAUCUUUCUGAGGACACUGACCUCACCUUGACAUGCUGGACGGACCAGGGACAAUUGAUCAUCGACGACCCAUACCAUUUCAAGACCACCAAUAACUGCUAUGUGGCCAGGAAAAACCUUUAUUCGAAGCCAGACAUCACGUACCUCGACUAUUGCGGACCGAUUCCCUUGCUUGAACCGGAGAAGCACUUUAACGAGAAUGGCACAUCCGAUGUAAACAAGCGUGACGCUCUGCCCGCACCCCUCCCAGAUGACAUGGGUGUCCAAUAUCUCAUCAAUGUCACCGUCGGCGAAGAGUACGCGUAUUGCCGGAGUUGCCCUGAGGAGACCUGCAAGAGUAAAAAGCGAUAUCAAUUCAAUCAAGAAGUUUGGCUGCAGUGCACAGAGAACUUCAAUGGGACUUGGUGGAGCGAAAGUACCGAUUUCUGUUGGGUCAAGAAUUCUGAUUUCUGGGAGAGUCCGGAGGGUGACAAUUACAAGUUUCCAACAUGUUCAUUGUUCCCCGGCGACGAGGAUCUCCGCAGUCAUUGA